AUAUGGUACUCGCCCCAGUAUGCGGUGCUGGACGAGACCACGAGCGACUGCGACGCCAUGUCCACGUGGUACACGAUCUUGCACACGUCCAGGCCGAGCUCGACAAUCGGGUUGCAGCCAGAGCAAAACGACCGCGGCGCGAACCGAUACAUGGAGAUGUUGGCCUCCACCGUCACGCCAGGGGGGGGAUGGCCACGGACGUCGUGAGGCGCAUGUCCACGUCCAUGCGUGCGGGAAUGAACCCGAGGUACGCGAGCGUCGUGUGGUUGGCGUCGGGGGGCGGGGGGAGUUCGUCGGCCGUGAAGUACGUGUCGAGGGUGUUGCCGCGGAUGAGCUGCAUCCGGUUGAACACGACGCCGAGACGCAUCGUGGGGGCGUUCAGAGGCGGCAGCGGGUACGUCUGGACGAGUGUGCCGCAAAUGUUGUUGGUGUCGCUGUCGAUUAAGUGCGCGCCCGCGGUGAGGACGUAGUCUGUCGUGUCGCGAAUGUAGGACGAAUCCAGCACGUAGCUGACCAUGAACUGGCCAACUUCGGACAACGACUCGAGGUUGGAGUACGUGGGGAACUGAAAGUGCUGCGCGAGAAGUUCGGGUGACGGGAUGUUGAUCAACGGCGUGAGGAGGUAGUUGGCGUUUCCGAUAUAGUUGAUCACUUCC